GCAUCUGUCAAAAGCAGUGGGAGUACACUGCGGCGUCCGUCAGGGCUGUCCGUUAUCUCCUCUUCUGUUCGUGGCCUGUAUUGAACCACUGGCACAGGUCUUGAGAAGGGACCAAGGGAUCAGUGGGGUGGGUAUCCCGGGGAGUGGGGGGAUGACCGCCAAGUGCGUCUUUUACAUGGACGACGUCAACAUUUUAUGUACCGACCUUUUAUCCGUCGACAGGACUCUGGACAGGACUGACUGGUACGGACGAGCCUCUGGGGCGAGACUGAACAGAGACAAGACAGAGGCCCAAUUCUUCGGACCAUGGGCAGACCCAGGACCAGACUACCUCUGACAGUUAAACUGACGGACAUAAGGGUACUGGGGGUAAAGUUUGACCGGGGGGGAGGAGGGAGCGGUAACUGGAGUGGAAUCCUGGGGACGGUAAGACAGAGACUGGGUUUUUGGGGACUACGACAGCUGACUUUUGAGGGCAAGGUUUUAAUCAUUAAAGCUGUGAUUUUACCUGUGCUUUUAUUAAUCAGUUCUGUUUUUAUCCCCCCUCUAAGGAGUAUUUUAGACCUGGAGCGGAAUCUUUUUUACUUCCUGUGGGGAGGCAAGUGGGAGAGGCUGAGGAGGGAGGUGGUCAAGAGGCCCAGGUCCAAGGGGGGGAAAGGCUUGCCCGACCUCUACUUGUUCCUGGGCAGCCGCUACACAGCGUUACAUCUGACUCUUGCCACCUCCCCGGUCAACAACAAGACUCAGGCCCUCGCACGGUUCUGGCUGGGAUCUUACCUCAGGACUCUGAGGCUGACCCCAGUCGACCUGCGAGCCCCAGUCUCUUUCCUGCUACCCCCGCCCUACGUCCAGCUCCAGAAGUUUUUAAGACAUUUUAAACUGGAAAAAGAAACAGUCACGUUCUUAACAAAACACCGCUCUCUUCUCUCUCUUGUGCAGGAUUGGGAACCAGUGUGUCCAGUGCGCGGGCUCGCUAUAGGUGAGCCCACAAUGGUUUGGCGCAACGUGGCCCACCCUGCUCUCCUGAAUCGGCAUCGGGACCUGUCCUGGAUGGUCGCCCACGAGAUCCUCCCGGUCAGGGCCGUUAUGCACUCACGGGGCAUGGCGAGGACAUCCGCGUGCCCCCGACCAGGCUGCGGCCAAGAAGAGUCGGUGAGGCACAUGCUCUGGGAGUGCAGAGCCGCCAGAGACCUGUGGAAGGAAGCAGGCCCCCUGAACACCUCGUGUCUGCCAGCAGGGGAGGACCUAACACCUCAGCUCGUGCUGUAUGGGGUGGUCCGAAGGCCCAUUCCAACGAAGGCCUUCACCAAGCUCUGGCCCACCCUCACGUGCCUGAAGGAAGCACUGUGGUCCUCCCGUAACCUGCUGGUAGCGAAAAACGUAGAGACCACCCCCCAGGCAGUGGCCAUGGUAGCCACGGAAGCCCUGGGGUGGUAUGGAAGGAAGGGGGCCUCGACCCCAGGCGAAGGGUCCCCCACAACACCCUAG